UUGUAAGGGAUGACGAUCUUUGUACCCUGCCCUAAAAGCAUAUAAAGGCCCAGCGGCCCAGGGGGCAGUAAAGCAUAAUGGCAUCAGCCCCAUGGAGUGCCCUGUUCUGGGUUGCUGCAAUUAGCACUGUUGGCUUCAGAAUCCUUGAAGGCAAAGGUCCAGAAGGCGCCCACCCAGAAGUUGCCACAAAAUAUGGACAGCUCCGAGGGAAGCAAGCGAGUGUAAAGGGCACAGAGCGGCUGGUUGAUGUCUUCCUGGGCAUCCCCUUUGCAAAGCCUCCCACUGGCUCCUUGAGAUUCUCCUCACCGCAACCGCCUGAGCCAUGGGAUGGCGUGAGAGAUGCUACCACGUACCCAGCAGUGUGUCCCCAGGAUCUGGAUAUACUCAAAGGAAUUCAGAAGAGAUGGAAAGAAAAGCACCCGCCCUUCCGAAGUUCCGAGGACUGUUUGUAUUUAAACAUUUAUACUCCCGCAGAUUCCCCCAAGGCAUCUAAGUUGCCAGUGAUGGUGUGGAUUCACGGAGGGAACAUGAUCUUUGGGGCAGCUUCCAGGUUUGAUGGUUCCGCGCUAGCUGCCUAUGAAGAUGUGGUGGUGGUCAUCCUUCAGUACAGGCUGGGCAUUUUGGGGUUCUUCAGCACAGGGGACGAGAGUGCUCGAGGGAACUGGGCCCUUUUGGACCAGUUAGCAGCUCUCCAGUGGAUCCAGGAAAACAUCAGAGAUUUCAGGGGCGAUCCGGAAUUGGUGACUCUCUUUGGUGUCUCUGCAGGAUCCAUGAGUGCUUCAGCCCAUGUUAUGUCUCCCUUGUCAAAGGGUUUAUUCCACAGAGCCAUCCUGGAGAGCGGUGUCUCACAGCUUCCAAUAGUCUUCCAGAACAGGUCUCAGUCUGCUGAAAAAAUUGCGCGUAUCUUUGGCUGUGAGAUGACCACUUCAGCAGCCUUAGUCCAGUGUCUUCGGCAGAAGAGUGAUCAGGAGCUGAUCCACGCUGACCUUAGCAUGCAGGGCUUGGGGCCAUCUUUGGAUGGUGUGUUCAUGCCGAAGACCCCAGAGGAGAUUCUGGCUGGGAGGGAGGUCAGUGCUGUGCCCCUCAUGGUCGGAGUCACCAACCAUGAAUUUGGCUGGAAUUCGCGUGUGACUGGGUCCAUGGAAGGGUUUAAGGAAGUGGGAGACAGGGACAGAAUCCGUACUACUUCAGAAGCAAUCCUCCCCAUUUUGGGGAUCCCACUUGAACUCCUGCCAAUGGUACUUGAGGAGUACCUUGGGGACACCGACAACCUGGAUGAGCUCAGAGAUGGGUUCCUGGACUUGAUUGGAGAUGUGUUCAUUGUUAUCCCAUCCAUAAAAACAUUACGGUAUCACAGAGAGACCGGGGCUCCCACUUACUUCUUUGAGUACCAGCACCGUCCCAGUUUGUACCACGAUACCAAACCAGACUACGUGAAAGCGGAUCAUGCAGACGAAGUUGGGUUCGUCUUUGGAGGGCCGUUUCUCACUGGUGACAUUCGCCUGCAUGGUGACGCCACAGAGGAGGAGAAAGUUCUUAGCAGAACCAUGAUGAAAUAUUGGGCUAACUUUGCUCGCAGGGGAAACCCAAAUGGAGAAGGUUUGGUAGAGUGGCCGGCCUAUAACACCCAGGAGCAGUAUCUAGAGAUAAAUCUGAAGCAAAAAGUCUCACUGAAGCUGAAAGAGAAAAAAGUGGAAUUUUGGCUAAAGACUAUCCCUGAGAAGGUGAAUGAGUUGAGAAGAAAACACACGGAGUUGUAAUUCUCAAGCAGCUAUGGACAAUAAAUAGAGCACCAAAAUGACAAAUGAUAGUUACUUGUUAACAUAUAUUUUUCCACAAAACAAAUACAGCAUAUUUCUUUAUUCUGAGCUGCAAAAUAAUGGAGUAGGUAAUAGAAAAAAUUAGUUAAAUAAACAUCUCUAUCUUGUAAAUUAUGUUUAUUCCUUUCCUGCAGGAGGUAUACACAUUGUUACUAAGCCUAGAUAAAAGUUACCUUUUGUUUAAUUCAGUGUUUAGUUUCAGAUCUUUUGCAUAGUCAAAAGGAUGCAGUAACAUAGUUAUGAUUUACAAAACUUGAAAAAGAAUUAUAAAAAUGAAUAUAGUGUUACAUUUAGACUUUCAGAAUAAAGGGAUGCCAUUUUUAUGUCAGAAAA